AUGGUGUUCGUGACUGGACUCUCUAUCAUGGCUGGUUUAACCCCGAAGGAGAAAAAGAGGUAUAUCUUUGGUUAUCUGCAUCUUUUUGUGGCGACCGGGCUCAUCUUGGGACCCCUUUGUGGGGGAACUAUCUACCAUUACGCUGGGUACUAUGCUGCAUUCGGAGUGGUCCUUUUACUACUUGCCAUCAACCUCAUAUUAUGCUCCGCAAUAAUAGACAGACUCACUGAAGCAAAUUGGUCAAAUGCACCAGAGAUUGGCCAUGAUCCUGAGGUUGAAGAUUCAGAGACCCCUGCUUAUGGCUCUGACGGAAAGACAGAUGCCUCCAGCGAGACACUCAAAAUGUGGCAUCUGAUCCGAGAACCUCGGGUUAUGAUCUCAGCGACAUCUAUCCUCGCUUAUUUUAUUGUCAUCGCUGCUCUUCUGAAUACACUUCCAAUCUUUGUGGCAGACCACUUUCAAUGGGACUCACUGGGAGCUGGCUGUACAGUUUUACUAGUCACCGUGACUGUCAUUCUCGGACCUCUGUUUGCCCUCGGCUUUGGGCUCGCCACGCCCUGUUUGAUCUGCUUGCGUUUUGUCCAGUGCAACACGAUAGAGCACAAGCUAGCUUUCUUCGUGCUUUUAUAUCUGAUUGGUGCUUUCCUCAAUGCUGUGAAUCCAGCUAUCACGGCUGAUAUGCAAAAUGCUCUCUUUGAGCUCGAGGAAAGAAGCCCGGGGACUUGUGACAAUAAUGAUGCUAUUGGAAGAAUGCACAGUAUUCAUUACAUGGCUCAGUGUGUUGGUUUAAUAUUGGGACCAGUACUCGGAGGUCUCAUUGACCACCGGUUUGGCUGGGGAGCCAUGACCAUAGUUCUUGGUGCCGUGAGUGCAUUCACUGCCCUGGGAUUCUGGCUUCCAGGACAAAAAAUCAAGCUAUUCUCCAAAGAUGAUAUCUUCGAAGAACGAGAGCCACUGCUGAAAAGAUCUGAGGUACAGAGCUCCUUUGCCACUUUUGACGAGGAAAGCUCAGGAAUCAUGCACUACGAGACAUUUCCUUCGACUAUUUCCUCCAGAAAAAGCCCCGUCAAGGGAAAUUCAGCCUCGAUUCCAUUAGGACAUCGGUUCGUGACAGCAGCAGAACGCCCAGACCUCUGGCACCCCACACAUUCGGACCCAAACCACGGUAUAUUUAGCUUUCCACAAUGGAGCCAGGGGGCUGUUUUCAAACGUUAUUAUCGACAGCUGGGAGAGAUAGAAGAAUUGGCCCGCUACCAAACAAUGAUUGUCCGAAAUUCGGAUGAGAGAGUUGUUGCUACCGGUGUAUGUACGCCUUUCUUCUGGCCAGAGCUGGCUAGAGCUCCAACUGCCUCACUCUAUUCAUACGAUACUCCUGAAUGCGCCUUGACUCUCCCAGAUGGAGGCUGGGAGACAAUAUUGACCAGGGGAGUUCUCCAAGCACGAGCACGACAAGGGGAGCUCCCAUCCGAGGAGACUUCGCCUCUCACCGGAGAUCAAAAAAAGGAUGAGGCGACGGCAUGGCUACCGAACCGACCAAAUGCUAUAUCAGGGCUGCUGGUUAUUGUGGCAGAUAAUUACCGAGGCCAAGGCCUUGCUGGCAUCCUCUAUCAAAAUUUCAAAUAUUUGGCUCGCCAAAACAAUCUAAAGGCGUUGGUUAUCCCGGUCCGACCGACGCACAAGUCUCAAUAUCCGCACAUUUCAUUCGAAGAAUACUUUAGUUGGAUCCAAGAGGGCCCUUUUCGCCAUGGGUUUACAUGGCCAAGCUCAAAUGCAUCCGAUCAGCCACUUCCCUUUGACAGGGAGUUUCGAAAGCAUAUACGAAUGGGAGCAAAGGCCGUCAAGCCAGCCAUCAGAAGUUUCACCGUGGUCGCCUCUGCCGCGGAAUGGCAGCAGCGAUUCGGCGAUAAGCUGGCCUUGGAUGUGUUCAUCGAUGAAGAUGGCAGCCGCUGGCUUCUAGGUGGCAAAUUGAAUGGGUUGCUGUUGAAGGAUGAGAAUCAGGCUACUCCUUUGCGAUGGGAUGCGAAGCGUCAAGUUGGUAUUUACUCGGAGACAAAUAUGUGGAUGUGGCACCCGCUGUAA